UAUGUCAAUCCCAAUCUCCCAGUUCUGGCUUUGCAGUCGCACAGCUUUGGAUUGGAGUCUUGUUUUAAUCACUUAGGGGUGGUGCUUUGUGCCUGUGUAUGCGUCAGUUCUCUCAUCCAUCAGUUCUCUCAUCCGGGAAGUGGAGGUGAUAAUAGUCUUUGCACACAGGGUUGGUGUGAGGAAUGAAGGGCUUAUUUAAAUGAAAGAAGCUUAGAAUAGUGACUGUCGCUGCUAGUAUGGUAAAUUCUAAAUCUGUUAUCCCGACAGGGAGGUCAGCAUGGAGAAAACGAAGUGGACUUCGGACCAGUAGUUUUGCCUGCUGUCCUGAGUCUUGCUUUAUUUAUGUUUGUUAGAGGAAGAAAAGUGUGGGCAAGUGUUUGACCUUUUUUUUUUUUUAAAAAAGUAACUUUUAUUAUCUUUUGUUAUGUAUUUUGGAAUAGGAAAUUCAUAUAGUACAACACUGAAAAGAUUUCAAAAGGUCUACAGUGAAUUAUUUUCUUCCCAGCCUCUAUGAUGGACAUUUUAAGGACUGUUGAUGGUGUGCAUGUUUGGCUGGUUUUGUUUGUGCCUUUGGAGUUUAAUGUUUUUCUUCAUUACCAAAACAUGUGAAGGCUGUUUCUGACAUUUUGAUCUUUUUAUUCAUUAAGCAGUCUUCAUUUUCUUUUUCUUUUCUUUCUUUUUCUGAGUGUCUGUUGUGUUCCAGAAGCUGGUGGUACCUUACACCAGUUCCCUAAGUGGGAACCUAUGAGCCUAGGAUCUCCACUCGGAGUGGAGGAGACAGUCAUGUAAUAAUUGCUGUCCCGUGGUAAAUGCACUGUCAGAGGAUGUGGGGAUUCAGUGAAAGGAGCCAUUGCCUUUCGUAUAGAGACAACUUAUACAUAAUGGAGCAUUGAUAAUUUUUUAAAUAAAGUAACAUGAUGAUGAUGAUUGUGUUUUUUUUGCAAUGUGUGUCAUCUUGAAAUACAUCCGUAAUGAAUUGUGGCUUAAAAGUUUUAUGCCGGGUAGCUUGUGGGAAAGUUUUUUUAAAGCACACGUGCUAUUGCUGCCCUCUAGUGGUUUCUCAAAUUACUGCUUUCUGAAGAUUUUCUUCAUAGAACUAUCAAUAUAUGUUGUACAUGUGAAUGAAAGCAUUUUUCAGUGUCAGGAACACUUAAGACUUCAGCAAAGAUUUAGAUCAGUUUACGUUGCAGCCCGUAUGAAGAAUUAAUAAUUUGUAAAACAAUUGAGAUGUGAUGUGAAGUUCAGCAUUCUGAUUUUUUAGAAAGUUGUCCAAAAUAAAUGUAAAGAAUUUAAUUUAGAUCAUCUAUUUUCAGAUGACUCAGAAACUUUUUUGGGACAUGAAGUCAUAUUCAUGGGGCUAUUAGGCUUUUCUGAAAGAAUGAAUUAUUAAAAGAAGACUGUCAAAGGCUAAAAGAAGGCAGAGAAAGGACUUGGCAACCAAUGACUCCAAAAAAACUACCGAGAAGCUUUUGAAAACAUUUUUGAAAAGACAAGUUAUCAAAACUGCCUUAAAAAGCAAAAGGGAGGAAGCACUUCCCAGUCUUACUCAAGUUCAAAGAGAAGAUGACAUCUAUGUUUUGCCACCUUUACAAGAGGCAGAGAAAGAUAGUUCAGAAGAGGAGGAUGAAAAAGAAUGGCAAGAGAGAAUGAAUCAAAAACAAGCACUACAGGAGGAGUUAUUUCAGAAUCCUCAUGCAGUAGAUAUUGAGUCUGAAGACUUUAGCAGCCUGCCCCCUGAAAUAAAGCAUGAAAUCUUGACUGAUAUGAAAGAAUUUACCAAGCGAAGAAGAACAUUAUUUGAAGCAAUGCCAGAGGAGUCCAAUGACUUUUCACAGUACCAGCUCAAAGGCUUGCUUAAAAAAAACUAUCUAAACCAACACAUAGAAAAUGUCCAAAAGGAAAUGAAUCAGCAACAUUCAGGACAAAUCCAAAGGCAAUAUGAAGAUGAAGGAGGCUUUUUGAAGGAGGUAGAGUCAAGGAGGGUGGUCUCUGAAGAUACUUCACAUUACAUCUUGAUUAAAGGUAUUCAAGCUAAGAAAGUUGCAGAAGUGGAUUCAGAGUCUCUUCCUUCAUGCAGUGAAAUGCACAGCAGGUCUUCUGACAUGAAGUCAUCUCCGUGUGAAAAGCUGGAGCCAAAGGAAGAGCCUGACGCCUCCCCUCCUUCCCCGAGAACCUUACUGGCCCUGCAGGCGGCCCUGCUGGGCAGCAGCUCAGAAGAUGAGCUGGAGAGUGAGACCCGCAGGCUGCACCAUGUGAGGUGCGCGCCCGCCACCGCACGUGCGGGCUCUGUGUCGCCGCUGACUCUCUUGGCCAUGCAGAGAGCUCUCGAUGACGAUGAUGAAGACGUGAAAGUGCGUGCCAGGAGCGACCUGCAGACAGGAGGGGCAGGCGCGAGAAAACCGAAACCGCUCCAGAGCAGUUCUGACGAGGAGACUGAGGACGGACCUAAAAUGAGAGAUGGGGAAGGAGUGCCGUUGGCAGCAGCAUCUCACGCAGCCAGUGUGAACCUCGCAGAGGAGCCUGUAACCAGCGCUGAUGCCGACAAAGAGCGGACAGAAUCGGCUCACUUACCGAGGACUGUCUUUUGUCAAGGCAGCGACUCUAGCGUUCCAAAAGAGCAGAUGUUGUUUAUUCCCCUGGUGGAGGAAGCCUUUCAGACAAACGAUGAGACUGCACUUAAGGAUGGAAAAGAUCCAGUUCCUUUGGAAAACACUGUGGUGCUACCCAGGGAUGCACCUGGGCUCCAGAGCGGACCAGAGUGGACACCGACACCUCCGACAAGUCCGAGUUCCGUAUCAAGGAGUGGAACGUAUACCAAAGUGCUUGAGCUACAGCAAGGUCUUCCACCUGAGAGUAAAUAUGACACCUCUGUUCUUUCAAGUGAUGAUGAAACAGAAUCUGAAAAGAACCCUGCUCCUGAAGGCACCGUCAGUUUGCAAGAAUCGAGUGAUACGCUAAGUGUCCCUUUAGAGACAAUAAGUGACUUAGGAAAUGUGGCAUCUGUUAAUGCCAAAGAGCAUGAGAAUUUCUUGAAAACCAUCCAAGAACAUGAGACCAUUGAAUCUGCAGGCCAGGGUUUAAUUUCAGUUCCAGCUUCCAUGGAACCAAAGGAAACAGGCUCUGAAGAAAGUGAAUCUGAUGGAAGUUUCAUUGAAGUGCAGAGUAUAAAUAGCAGCGAUGAACUUCAAGCUGAGUUACACGAAGCUUCCAGACCUCCCUCUGAACAAGGUGAAGAGGAACCAGUAGGAACUGAGACGCAGGAAGCCACAGGUGACCCCCAGGGCCUCCCGAGAGACAACUCUGAGAGGGAGGCCGUGGGCACUGAGCCACCUGAAGAAAAAGAUGCAGACGAUUUGCUCAACGAAUGGCAAGAUGUUGACCUGGAGGAGCUGGAGACGCUGGAGAGCAACCUUUUAACACAGCAGGAGUCACUGAAAGCUCAAAAACAGCAGCAAGAACGGGUCGCGGCUACUGUGACAGGACAGAUGUUCCAGGAAAGCCAGGAACUUCUUCGCCUGUUCGGCAUCCCCUACGUCGAGGCUCCCAUGGAAGCAGAAGCUCAGUGCGCCAUCCUGGAUCUGACUGAUCAAACUUCCGGAACGAUCACUGAUGACAGUGACAUUUGGCUGUUCGGAGCACGGCAUGUCUAUAAAAACUUUUUUAAUAAAAACAAGUUUGUAGAAUAUUACCAGUAUGUGGACUUUCACAACCAAUUAGGAUUGGACCGGAACAAAUUAAUAAAUUUGGCCUAUUUGCUUGGAAGUGAUUAUACGGAAGGAAUACCAACUGUAGGUUGUGUUACAGCCAUGGAAAUUCUCAAUGAAUUCCCUGGACAUGGCCUGGAACCUCUCCUAAGAUUCUCCGAGUGGUGGCAUGGAGCUCAAAAGAAUAAGAAGAUAAGACCUAAUCCUUAUGACACCAAAGUGAAAAAAAAGUUACGCAAGUUGCAGCUCACGCCUGGCUUCCCUAACCCGGCCGUGGCAGACGCUUACCUCAAGCCUGUGGUGGAUGAGUCCAAGGGGUCGUUUCUGUGGGGCAAACCCGAUCUCGAGAAGAUUAGAGAAUUUUGUCAGCGGUAUUUUGGCUGGAACAGGACGAAGACAGAUGAAUCUCUGUUUCCUGUAUUAAAGCAACUGAAUGUCCAGCAGACGCAGCUCCGAAUUGAUUCUUUCUUUAGAUUAGCUCAACAGGAGAAACAGGAGGCUAAGGGUAUUAAGAGCCAGAGACUUAACAGAGCUGUGACAUGUAUGCUGAGAAAAGAAAGAGAAGAAGCAGCCAGUGAAAUAGAAGCAGUUUCUGUUGCCAUGGAGAAAGACUCUGAGUUCCUCAAUAAGGCAGAAGGAAAAACCCAGAAGAGAGGCACAACAAAUAGAUGGAAAGAGUCAUCCAGCCCGAAAAGAAAGAGGCUUUUGGAUUCUAAACGGGGGCAUGAAUGUGGUGGGUUUUUGGGGGAGGCCUACCUCUCGCAGUCAUCUGAUGCCUCUUCAAGUGAGGAUGAGGAAUAUUUCCCUGUAGCGAACAUGCAAAGGGGAAAAGCAACUGUAGAGUCAAGAGUCAGCUCUUCAGGUGCACAGAGCACAGUGCAGCCUGCUCCCAGGAGAGACGGAGGUGCCACCACAAGCAGCUCCAGCGAUGAUGACAGAGAGAAGGCAGAGCCCGUCCUGGUGACCGCCAGGUCUGUGUUUGGGAAGAAAGAGGGGAAACGGAGAAGUACGAGAGGAAGGAAGAGGAGAAUGUAAAGACACCUAAAUACACAUGUAUUCUCUCUAACUGGGUACAGCUUAACAUUUCGUCAUGAAUUUGUUGUGAGGAAAUAAUAAAAUUCAGAGUAUUUGCACA